GGUCCGCCGGUUGCCAUGGAGAACUCAUCCUCGGUGGCUUCCGCAUCGUCCGAGGCGGGCAGCUCUCGUUCGCAGGAGAUUGAGGAGCUGGAGCGCUUCAUCGACAGCUACGUGCUGGAGUACCAGGUGCAAGGGCUGCUGGGAGAUAAGGCCGACGGCGAGACGGACGGCGGCGUCAAGGCGUCCCAGUGGACGGAGGAAUACAAUGACAAGAGAGAUGGCAGCUGGUCAUCAUCCAGGGGAAGGGGCUCGUCCAAACCGGACGAGUGGGACCACAGCAGUAACGGCAGCACCGGCUCCAGGCCCAGCUGUGGCUCCAGACCCGGGUCGGGGUCCCGCUCCGGCAGCAGGGGGCGCAACAACCAGUUCACAGCCCCAGCCAAGAACGGGAACAGAGAGGGCUCCUUGGACAUCCUGGGGACUGACAUCUGGGCCGCCAACACCAUGGACUCACACGGGGGGGCUGGCUGGGACGUGCAGCCAGAGAAGCUGGACUUCACCCAGUUCCACCGGAAACUCUGCCGCGGAACGCCAAAGCACCUGCCGCACAUCGACAGAGAGGGGAUGAUUAAAGACAAGUUUGAAGAGGAUGACGGCAUAGACAUGAAUGACAUAGAGCGAUUCCUCCCUCACUUGCACUCAGCCUUCCCGCCCUUGCCUAAUGAGGCUGAGAUCGCGCACACCAAAAAGCUCUUCAGACGAAGAAGGAGCGACCGACGAGUUGUUGAUCCGCUUAGCAGGGACCAGAUCACCAUACUGCUGCCUACAGGCCCGGGGGGACAGCGCCAAGUUUCAGCAGCCAGGAGACAGCAGCGACCACAGGGACCCGGCAAGACGGGCCAGAGCCAGAACCAGAACCAAGCGCCCCCUCCCCCACAGCAGCACUCCCCGCAGCACCAGAGGGAUCCGUCAUCCCAGCAGCAGCAGCAGCAGCAGCAGCUCUCCCCGAACCAAGACCACCACCACCACCACCACCACCAAGACCACCACAACCACCACCAUCAAGACCACCACCAACAGCAGGACCAAUCGGGAGACAGCAGGAACAAUGGCAACGGCAGGCCCUUGCGUCAGAACCAAGGAGGGGGCCAUCAUGGCCAGCGCCACGGGGGCCCGCCCCACCACGGCUACAGCCAGACCCGGCGCUGGCAGUACAACCAGAAGGGCCCGGGCCACGGCCAGGGCAGCCCCACGGGGGACAGGGGAGCCCCGCCCAGGACCACCACCCCCACCUCCGGCAGCGCCACAACCACCAAAGACAACGAGACGCCUGUGGUGGAGAAUGUAAGGAGCGGCGACCACAGCAGAACCCCCCGGCCGGAACCAAAGGACCACCGGGGCGGAGGGGAAGCCCCCCACGACCCCGCUCCGUCCGGGCCCAGGGCCAAUCAGAAUUCCUGCCGAGACCGGGCGCUCAGUCAGGAGUCCCCCAGCCCCCAGCCGGCACCACCGAGACCACAGAGCGGGGGGAACGGGGGGGGCGAGGGGCGGUCGGGCUGCCCCAAAGUCACCCUCCUGCAGUCGUCGAAGGAGCGGCUGAGGCGAAGGCUAAAGGACAAGGACGAAGCGUGCGUGGUGGGCAAAGGCGCGGGCUCGCAGCGCAUGGACCGCCUGGUGGAGCUGCUCAACAGCAUGAGGAGCAACAGCAGCGGCGUGGAGCAGCGGCUGACCUCCUUCAUGGAGGAGGCGCAGGGCUCGGCGCGCUGCGAGGAGUCCCUGGCCCAGGUGGUGGCCACCCUCUACGGCACGGCCACGGCGGACCGCAGCUUCGCCGCCACCGCCGCCAAGCUCUGCGACAAGAUGGCGCUGUUCAUGGUGGAGGGCACCAAGUUCAGGUCGCUGCUGCUGAACAUGCUGCAGAAAGACUUUGCCCGUAGGGAGGAGUUGCAGCAGGCGGACGUAGAAGGUUGGCUGGGCUUCAUCACCUUCCUCUGUGAGGUGUUCGGCACCAUGAGGAGCAGUGCUGGGGAGCCCUUCAGGGUCCUAGUACUGCCCAUAUACACCUGCCUGCGAGAGCUGCUGGAGUCCACAGACGUGAAGGAGGACGCUGUCAUCUGCUGUUCUAUGGAGUUGCAGAGCGCCGGCCGCCUGCUGGAAGACCAGCUCCCCGAGAUGAUGACGGACCUGCUGGCCGCGGCCCGCGACAAGAUGCUGUGCCCGGCCGAGUCGCAGCUCACGCGCUCCCUCCUCAUGGAGGUCAUCGAGCUGCACGCCCACCAGUGGAACCCCCUGGGGCCGCUCACCACCCAGUACUACAACCGCACCAUCCACAAGCUCACCGCCGCCACCUAGCUGCUGGGAGGCUGUGCUGCUGCUGCUGCUGGUUGAGGGGGUUUUGGGAGAGAGAGUUUAGGGUGUAUGGGAGAGGAGGUCCCGUACUGUGUCGCUGGGGGAAGUCUAACCCUAGGCUAGACGGAGCCCUGGCUCUCAAUGCUGUCUGGCUCUGGCUCCUGGCCCUUCAUCUGGCCCUUACCCUGGCCCUUACCCCUGGACCUAACCCCUGGCCCUAACCCUGGCCCUUACCCUGGCCCCCUGUUCCUAACCCCUGGUCAGGGCAGUCCUACGCAGGCUCAACGCUUUCAUGAGAUGCUGCGACUUGAUACCCACUACUAGCACAUUACCACUACUACACUAGGCCACGGGGCCUAGAGUAACAGUCUUUGGCUCUGAGGUUUCGGAUACCAGACCUAGACUAAAAGUCCUAGACUACUAGACUUUGGCUCUGAGGUUUGGGAUACCAGACCUAGACUAGCAAUCCUAGACUAGCAGUGUAUGAUGUCUUGGCGUUGGGGCCUAUUGGCUAAAUAGGCCUUGGAAACAAGGCCUUGACUACGAGCUCUGGACUACUAGUCAUUCAAUACCUAGACUGGGCCCAGACUGGACCUAGACUGUACAUCAGUCAAGGCAUCAGACUUAAGUCCUGCCAUUAUCAAGCCACUAUCCCAGUUUUCCAAUCUAUCGGGGCUUAUUGUAACUUUAUUACAAUUUUGUUGGUCUUCGUCUCUAUUAUUUAACCUUUUUGUCAUCCAGUAAUUACGGAAAUAUAUACAUUUUAUAUUAAAAUCUGCAUAUUUUAAUGGUGUGAUUAAAAAAAUAUAUAUAUAUACAUAUAUAACAGAAUUUGCGACCGUAAACCUAUAAAAGGUUACAAAAAACCAUUCCCCCAACAUGGCUGGGACGAUGUCAGCGUCUCAUCGUGGAGGCUGUUCUAUCCGUUCGUCUCCCCGACACUUCGGCGAGCACAUGAAACAAUUUGGCACAGAGGAGUGGCACACUACAAAAUUAAUUAGUCUUUGUUGGGAAGAGAGGAAAGGAGGGCGGGGGAAGAAAAAGAAAAAAAACCCAUGAAAGGUAAUGGGAUUCUACACGGCCGGGUCACAUUUAAUGAGGAACACCUGUCGGCAGCAUCGUGGGGGGAGCCCGCUCUGAUCUGGGAGACGACCGGAUUGGCGCGGCAAAGCCAGCGAUGCGGUUAUAUCCCGAUUUGUGGAUUUCAAUGGAAAUGAAUCGUGUUAUUUCGUCACAAAGUAGUGCGUACGUAAUUGCCGUGGAGGUGUGCGGCGCGUACUUUUCUCGCAAGUUGUAUUUGGAAAGAAGGUACUUUAUAAAUAUGGGAAAUGUGAUGUGUGCGCCAUAUUGUCGCCACUCAUAGACGUGUCUUUUUUAAAUCGAGAUGCUUUUUCUUGAGGACUAGACUCGCUCAACCGCUAGAUGCAGCAUAAACAGCUCCUUGCAUUUGAAACGAAUUGCCAGUGGCUCUCUGGUGCGUCUCUGAGCCAACAUCAACAGCCAAGGCUAUUAAUAGGACGAACAUUAUGGAGUCAAGCAGGGUUUAACAGCAACACUUAAUGCUCUUGUCUUUGACGCUAUUUUGUUUCUUACCCCCACACUAAAUAUAAUGAUGGGGUCCCAAGAAUAAACUGGCCCAACACAACAUCCAAAUUUGUUGACAUUGAGGAUUUAGCUUUGGGAGAAAGUAUGUCAUGACAGAAUACCCAAUCUAAACUUGAUUCAAUACCAGUGUUGUGUGUUUAAUUUGGGUGGUGCUGUUUCCAACCCAUCCUGGGAAUGGAUCUGUUCCAAUGUUCGGCUCAAUGUUUUCCUCGAACACGGCCGUCCUUGGAGCUAUUCAAACAUAACCGUAACCUUUUAAUCACCCAUUGCUUUAGUCACACGUCCCAGCCAAUCAGCUUAAUUAUGUUUUGCAACAUUUGCAUAUUCAUGCCCACAUUAUUUUAGCCUAAUGGCCGUAACAGGAGGCGCCAUCCAGUCAGACAUGAUUAUGUCCUGGAGUAGACCACAAAAAGUCUGUGUGUGUCCCAAUACACAAAUGGAGACUGUGGGCCGACCAGUAGGGGGUUCCUUGGUCACAAAAUAAGGGAGUGUGCCAACGGCUAAAAGAGCAAAUGAACAGUGUUUUUUUUUUUCUUUGUCUGGUUAGUGGAGGGGGGGGUUUGGAGAGCAGGCGACCCUCCGGUCCGCUGGGGAAUAUCAGGAUCCCCUCCCUGAAGAGCUAGAUGGAGACGGGGUUAAGGUAUUCCAUGUCUCAUUUCUCUCUUUGUGUGUAAAAAAAAAAAAAAAGAAAAGAAAAGCCCGGCCCUCCUCCCUGCCCUUUGUCUGCCUCUCUGUCCUCCCC